AACCCCCCUCUCCUCGGCGGUGUCAGUUAUCUUCUGCCUCAGAUUUCGAUGGAGUGAAACUAUAAAAAGGUCACCGGGAGCACCGGGAAGAUCACUGCAGUCGACUUGAGACCUGUCUGUAUCAUCUGUAAGCUACCGAGCAAAGACACCACAAAGAUCAAAAUGGCCUUCGCAAGUGUAGGACUGAAGGACGCUGACAUCGCUGCAGCCCUGGACGGGUGCAAAGAUGCAGGCAAAUUCAACCACAAGACCUUCUUCAAGACCUGCGGCCUGUCUGGCAAGUCCGCCGAUGAGGUGAAGAAGGCCUUCGCCAUCAUUGACCAGGACGUCAGUGGUUUCAUUGAGGAGGAGGAGCUGAAGCUGUUCCUGCAGACCUUCAAGGCAGGUGCACGCGCUCUGAGCGAUGCAGAGACCAAGGAAUUCCUUAAGGCCGGCGACUCCGACGGUGAUGGCAAGAUUGGCGCUGAUGAGUGGGCUGCCAUGGUUAAGCAGUAAAGUGGCGACUGACCAACAACACCUGAUGGAACAACAAAGCCCACGUCGACCUCCCCCCAUUUUCAUCUGAAUAUAAAUAAUUUUUAUACAUUAUGCUUAAGAGACGUUUCCUCCUAUGCAACACACUGUCCAGAAAUGAUCAUUGUGAAUGUCGCUCGGUUGUGUUCAUGUCUUAAAUAUGAAUUUUGCUUACUGUAAAAUCUAUGAUGCACUUUCCAGGUACAAACGGUAAAAAAAGAAUAAAUAUUCUUUUACUGCGGUCUUA